GCUCGCGGUGAAAAAAAACAAAUCCAAAUGCAAAAAAAUAUUUUCAAGAAAAAUCAAGAAUGGCCGAAAACGCAGAGAAUGUUCCAAUCCUUCGACCACUAAUCAAUGGCGGAAUUAGGAAAAACGAGAGGCCGAAGGAGCCAUGGAAAGGGGAGUUUGUGAAGAGCAUUGUGUAUGCCGGCCUCGACGCCAUCAUCACCUCCUUCUCCCUCAUCUCCUCCAUCUCCGCCGGCCGCCUUUCCUCCGUUGAUGUUUUGGUGUUGGGAUUUGCGAAUCUCGUGGCGGAUGGGAUCUCGAUGGGGUUCGGAGAUUUUAUGUCGAGUAGCACGGAGAAAGACGUGGUGGCGAAGGAGAGGUGCGUCGCGGAAUGGGACGUCGAGAACCGACGGGGAACGCAGCAGGAGGAGCUGGUCCGUCGGUAUCAGGAGCUUGGGAUGAAUGCUACUGAUGCAGCCAUGGUUGUGAGCAUCUUGAGCAAGUACCCCGAGAUACUGGUGGACGAGAAAAUGUCGACGGUGGCACCGGAGGAAGCGGAGAAGCCGUGGAAGAACGGGCUGAUUACGUUCGUGGCGUUUCUGGUGUUCGGAUGUGCUCCGAUCCUGGCAUUCAUCAUCCUCAUCCCGUUCACGGACAACGACCAGAUCAAGUUCGUCGGGGCGUGCGUCCUCUCCGCGCUGGCCCUCGCCCUAUUGGGCAUUGCCAAGGCCAAGUUUGCAGGGCAGAACUACGUGGCGUCGGUGGGAAUAACGCUCUUCAACGGCGCCGUGGCCGGCGCAGCCGCCUACGGGAUCGGAUGGACUCUGCGCAAUGUGGCUGGCUUGGAUGACUGAAUUUGGAUAUUUUGCUCAUAACUAAUUAACAUCAUAUGCUAUUGUGAGUUUCUAACUAGUCCUCAUCUUGUCACACUCUUAUAUAUAUAUAUAAAUAUAUACAUAU